AAUGUUUUUAAAAAAUAUAGAAAUGGCUUCUUUCUACGGAAAAAGAAUAUUUUUGUCACAAAAUAGUUUCUUGAAAAUCCCAAGACGCAAUGGUUUUUUAAUACUUGUUCCAGAAAUCGGCGACGAUUUACCAGGAAAAUAUCCUUUAUUAAAAAAAGAUAAAAGUCCAGAAUUUUCAAAUAUUACAAUAGAAAAAUGUGUUGCUGCUAUUGGAAGACAAGCUUUAGAAUUUGAAGAAGCAGUUAAAACCUUAGAGAAACAAAUAAAAAAUGUUGAGAAUAUUUGUCCAAAAAUUCUAUUUAAGGAUGUAUUAAAUCCUUUAGAAGAAUUAUAUACAUCUUUGAAUACCACAUGGGGCAUUGCAAAAACAUUGUAUGUUGGAAAUCAGAGUUUAAUACCUACACAAUAUUACAUAAGUAUUAAUGAUCGUAGUAGAAAAGCUUGUGCUGCCAAAUUUGUCAGUACACCAAUUUAUCAAGCAUGUAAAAAUGUUAUGAACAACAAAGAAAGUGAAUUAAAUGAUGAGCAAAAAAGAGUUUUAACAAAAUUUAUAUUGGAAGGAAAAUUAAAUGGAAUGGAUUUAAGUGAAAAGAAGAAAUUGCAAUUUUCAGAUUUGCAUAUAUUGUUAUUUCGUAAUUUAAGCAAAUACUCGCAGAAAGUAGAGGUAGCUGCAAAUAUGUUUACUUUUACAAUAAGGGAUCCUAAAAUUGUAGAAGACUUUCCUAAAGAGUUAUUAAAAUCUAUGGCACAAGAUCCUUCUAGCUUUCAUGUUGGUCCGUGGAUUGUAACUCUAUAUUCAGAUGUCAUGCACUUAUUUAUGGAAUAUUGCCCUGAUCGUGCUCUAAGAUGGAAAGUUUGGCAAGCAGAUGUUACCAAGGCAUCUGUAUUGCAUGAUAGAGCAGUAGAAACAAGUACAACAUUAGAAGGAAUUAGGCAGCAAAGGAAUCAAGCUGCUAAUUUAUUGGGAUACAAAACAUUUGCUGACUUAAGUAUGGAAACUAAAAUGGCUGGUAGUGUAGAAAAUAUUUACCAUACAUUUAACAACUUAUUAGCCACAGCUCGUCCUGCUCAAGAAUAUGAGAUUAAAGAAAUUUAUGCAUUUGCAAGUGAAAGAGGACUUCAGGGUCCACUUCAACAUUGGGAUAUAGCAUAUUGGGGCAGACAACGACUACGUGCUGUAUACAAGUACAGGGAAGAUGAUAUAAAUAAUUAUUUUCCUCUACCUAAAGUAUUAUGCGGCUUGUUUGAAUUAAUUGAAAUGUUAUUUGAUGUAAAGAUUAUUGAAAGCAAGAAAUCAGAUAUUUGGCACAAAGAUGUUCGAUUUUUUGAUAUUUUUGACUUAAAACGAUCAAGUACAGAUCCAAUAAGUCACUUUUAUUUAGAUCUAUAUGCAAGAAGUAAGGAAAAAUUUCGACUGACACAUGAUUUAGCAUAUAUGAUACCAAUACAAAACAGAAGUAAAAUAAGUGGUACAAAACCAUUAGCUGCAUUAAUAUUCAAUUUUACACCACCUCUUGGCGCGAAUCCUUCUUUACUUUCAUUUAAAGAUCUUCAAGCUCUCUUCCAAAAGUUUGGACAUAUGUUGCAACACACGUUAACAACGGUGGAAUAUGCAGAUAUUGCUGGAUUUUCAUUUAUGGAAUGGGAUACAAUGUUUAUUUCCGAUUAUUUCCUUCAGAAUUGGUUAUAUGAACCAUCUUUUUUGCAAGAAAUUUCAUGUCAUCAAGAUACAGGAGAAGUGAUACCUUUAGAAAUGAUUGAAAAGUUAAAGCACUUAAAGAUACAUUUAGCAGGUUAUUAUUUAUGCAAGGAACUCUAUUUAUCACACUUUGAUUUAGAAUUAUAUUCUAGUAAGGACUUUUGGAAUAAUAUAAUGGGUCGUUUAUGGGAUAAGUACUUUGUACUUCCAGCAUAUAAAAAAGAUAGUCAUAUUUGUUCUUUUAAAGAAAUAUUUAGUGGAGAUUGGGCAGCAGCUUACUACAGUAAUAUUUGGUCAAGAAUGAUUGCAGCUGAUUUGUACAGUGCUUUCCAAGAUGUGCCUGAUAAGAAUAAAGAGCAGUUAAAGGAACUUGGCAGUAGGUAUCGUGAAACAUUUUUGUCCACAGGUGGUACUUACUCUGCACGUGAAGUUUUCAGGAAGUUUAGGGGUAGAGAUCCUAGUCCAAAAGCGCUUUUGAAAAAUUUGGAACUGGAUGUAAAAUGUAGUAUGUUAAAUACUGCUAAUGAAAAUAAUUUACUAAACAGUCAAAUAUAA